CAACAACAAGGGUCACGUGACGCCCAGCGCGUUUCAUAAAUGUACGAUAAGGACAGUAAAGCGUUCAAAAGGAUGCGCGUCCGCGCUUAAAUAGCUGUGAUUCCUCUUCAGUUUUACUGUUCUUCCUGACGGAAAGCGGGUUUGAUCCCGGAGACAGAGUCAUGUUUUUCUCGGUAACAUGGGCGACCGCUCUCCUCACGGGGAUCUUCUCGGUGCACAUCGCUCAGCGCCUGUGCUUCCCUUACUUCUGGAAAGACCUCUUCUACCUGCUGAAAGUGAUCCGAUACGGGGCUCGGCUGGAGCUCUACAAACGGACUAAGAAGAUCGUGACCGUGCUGGACCGGUUCGUUCAGCAGGCGCAGCGGAUUCCCGACAAGCCCUUUCUGAUCUACGACGGGGUCACCUACACGUACCGGCAGAUCGACGAGAGGAGCAACAGGGUGGCCCGCGUGUUCGAGCAGCAGGGAGCGGUGAAGAGAGGGGACACGGUGGCGAUGCUGAUGAGCAACGAACCGGACUUCGUCUCUGUCUGGUUCGGCUUGAGCAAGCUGGGCUGCGCCGUGGCUUUCCUCAACACCAACAUCAGGUCCAGAUCACUGCUGCACUGCUUCAACAGCUGCGGAGCCAAGCUGCUGGUCGUCGGUGCAGACCUGUUGGACACCUUAAAGGACAUCCUGCCAAAUCUCCAUGAGGACAGUAUCUCAGUAUGGGCAAUGAAGCAUGAGGUCUCCCACCCAGGGGUCCACUCUGUUCUAGACAAGAUAGAGCAGGCCUCACACGAGCCAAUGCCGGCUGAGCUUAGGUCUACCACUUCACUCAAGAAUCCCCUUCUUUAUAUCUUCACUUCAGGGACCACUGGCUUGCCCAAGGCUGCAGUGAUCACUCAUCUACAGUCUUUGAAGGCAGCAGGUGGCUUCUGGGCAUACGGCGGCACAGCGGAGGAUGUGAUCUACACACCACUGCCUCUCUAUCACAGCGCUGCCUCUCUCAUUGGCAUUGGAGGCACCAUAGAGUUGGGUGCAACAUGUGUUUUGAAGAAGAAGUUCUCAGCCUCACAGUUUUGGAAUGACUGCAGAAAGUAUGAUGUGACGAUCUUCCAGUACAUCGGGGAGCUGUGCCGUUAUCUGUGCAAUCAACCUAAGGCGGAGAACGAGAAGGAUCAUAAGGUGCAUAUGGGUGUGGGGAACGGCCUUCGGCAGGACGUGUGGAAGGAGUUCCACGAGCGUUUCGGGAAGAUCCGCAUGUGUGAGCUGUAUGGCUCCACAGAGGGAAACCUCUGCUUCAUGAACCACAUCGGCAAGAUAGGAGCAGUCGGUCGCUCCAACUUCUUCUACAAGCUCCUGUUCAAGUAUGAUUUGGUGAAAUAUGACAUGGUGAAAGAGGAACCUGUGAGAGAUGACCAGGGUUUCUGCGUGCGUGUUAAGAGAGGUGAGAUGGGGCUGCUGUUAUCUAAGAUUAGUUCCCAGAGUCCCUUCUUUGGUUACGCUGGGAGCAAACAGCUGACUGAGAACAAGGUGCUGAGAAACGUGUUUGUGAAAGGAGACGUCUACUUCAACACAGGAGACCUGAUGGUGGAGGAUGAGGAGAAUUUCAUCAGCUUUAAGGACCGAGUGGGCGACACUUUCAGAUGGAAGGGAGAAAAUGUGGCUACUACGGAGGUGACGGAGGUUCUGGGGCUUCCGGACUUCAUUCAGGAAGCCAAUGUGUACGGGGUGGAGGUUCCAGCGCACGAGGGUCGAGCCGGCAUGGCAGCGAUCAUCGUGAGGCCCGGCUUUGAGUUUGAUGGGAAGAAGCUGUUUGAGACCGUCCUGACGCACCUGCCCACCUACGCUCGCCCACUCUUCAUCAGAAUACAAGAAUCUAUGGAGAUGACGGGCACGUUCAAGCAGCAGAAGUUCCGUCUGGUAAAGAGCGGGUUCAACCCUUCCACCAUCAGUGACCCGCUCUACUUCUUGGACUAUACAGAGAAAAGCUACGUCCCCCUCACAGACUCUAUCUAUGAAAGCAUUCGGGCCCGCCAGCGGAAGCUCUAGCCUUCAGCUGGCCCAGAGGCCGUGUUACACUGGCAGAGCAUAAGCCAUGCUAUUACAAAGGAAAAGCCCCAAUGUGCCCAACUCAUUUGUAGUGUUGUAUAUUUGAUGGGGCCUGAGAGCAACCCAAGAUGAACGCCACCCUGAAUAAUGAAUCGCUUCCUCCUUUGUGAGCAUUUCACAUGGACAGCAUAAGUUAAUAAUAAAUUAGAGAGUUCUAAUGACUUACGUGACCUUUUGUGGGGAGCGAGGAGGCUGAUAGGCAGGAUAAGGAAGAAUGAGUCUGCCUCAAUCUCAACAAAGCCCGUCUGGUGUCGGGUUCUGUCGGCUCCUCUGUUGCUGCUUGUCCGUCUGGUUUUCGAAGGCCAGGUCACUCCCGACAUUAACGAUGCUCGAUAAUCCACCUUCACUUCACCCUUCAUCUUCAUUUUCCCCGUAAAUCAGUCUCAGGUAGUCCUCAAUGGACGUUACAGUUAUGCCGUCACAGUACUUGAAAUCUCUCUCAGCCUGAUCUACAUGUAAAAACAUUCCAGUAUAUAUAAAGCUGUGCUCUAUAAUUACACGUCUAUAUGCAUCUAUACUGCUGUUCAAAAGUCUGGAAUCACUAAUAAUAAGCAUCAUUUUUUAAUUCUUUCUAUUGUUUUUAUAUACUGUGCUUCACUGCAUCAAAAUAAACAGGACUAUGCUGUAUUUGUGAUGCAACAUGCAGUUUUCCAGUGUUUUUAAGCACUGACAAUGUCCACAAUAUACUCAGAAAAGCAUAUUAUGACAUACAGACUGUGCGAAAGUCAGAGACCACUGUUUGUUGACUUAAUUUCCAGUCAAACAGCCAUAAAGUACAAAAAAUCAGAGAACAUAAAAAACUAUCACUCUUUUCAGGAGUUUUUAAAGAAAUCUGAAGUGAUCUUUUUCUGAAGUUCAGUCUUAGAAGUUGGUUACUUUUUCUGCUUCUCAUGAUCCAAGUAAUCCCAAACAAAUUCAGUUAUGUUCAGGUCUGGACUCAACUGGGGUGGUCAGUCCACUGUUCUGAGAUUCUUUAGAUGGUCUUCCAGGUCCUGUAUGGUUGUAUGGUUGGAGUCCCAUUUCUGUAUGUCUUUUAAUCAUUUGUUGAACUUCAGUUUUUAUUCACUUUUCCUUUGACCUUUACUGCCCUCAUGCAAGUGGAUCUGAUAUCUAACCUCCUCAGAAAUGAAUAACUUGGCCGUUUUGCCUGGAUAUUGAGUAAAUGAUGGUGGUCUCUGACGUUUGCACAGAACUAUAAUUCAUCACAACAACAAUAAAUAUCGUCAUGUUGCCCUCCUCUUUAUACUCGGUGGUCGGGAACAACAUGAAGUUAUUAAAUUACUGUAAUUAUCUAUUUAUAGUCGUUUUUUGUAAAACUAUCUGCCUCCGACUUUGUUCACCACUUUGAAAUAAGGGUCAUCGUGGAUAUUAACUUUAUUCCAACUUCAUUCUCGAUACUGUACAUCUUUCUCAGUCAUUUCAGAAUCAUUCACAGCUGUUCAUCAUUCUGGACACAUCUAAAUGUUGUUAUUUUUUGAUAGCGUCCUACAAAUGAUUUAAACCCUUUUUGAAUCAUUUUAUAAGUGUAGCUACAAAAAUUAUUUUUAUAUUACUUCGACCGUUGAUUCCAAACUUUUGAAUGGGUUCUGUAAAUAUCUCUGGCUGCUUUUUAGCAAUAAGCCUUUGGUCAGUGGGUUAAGGGUCAUAAAUCCAUAAAUACAUACACAAAGGCCUUUACAGCUCCACAUUGCAUUCCAUUUUGUACAGUGAGCUCCAGAAGUAUUUGGACAGUAGCACAUAUCAUUUAUAAAUGACAGCAUAUUUUUCAUUUAUUCCAUUUUGGGACGACAGCUGCUCUAAAAGCAAAUGGACACACCUAAUAACCUCUAAUAAGAAACAGUUCCAAAUGUAACAUUAGAACAGUAGAAAUGAUUUUCAUGCCCCUCAGUGGGACAGGUGUGUACAAAUAUGCUGUAUUUUAUGAACUGAAAUGAGUGGAAAUUCAAACUGACAUGUUAUUAUCCUUUAAAUGUACAAAAUGUAUGCAAAUUCAUCACGAUCCCAAAUAUAUAUAAAUAUUUAUAGUAUACAGCAUACUGUAUUAUACACAAUUUGCCUUUUUUAAAUAAAUCUGUACAUGCUUUAUCUUCAGGAGUUAAAAUACAUGUACACCAGUAAGAACCCAGCAGUACAACUUUGCCUCGAGUCAUAAUUCAGAGUGACCAUUUACUGUAGUGCAUCAGUGUCCGAUGACUAUGAGAAAGCCUUACUUCCUACAGUGAGCUUAGUUUUUAAUUCUUGAAAUAUGGUUGAUAUUGUAUUUUUACAUUGUUCUUGUUAAUGUGGGUAACAAAAAUAACGUCCAGUUAGAAAUUCACUGUGAAUCGCAGGUCUGUGUGCUGUAAUGGAAUAAAGCAUUUAUGUCAGUCUAGACAAGGCAGGUGGACAUAAGAACAAGCUGAAGUCUUUAUUAUACAAAACAGUAAAUAAACAACAGAGCAUGAGACAGAUAAGAAGACAAACACAGACGUCAGCUCUGAAAAUAAACACAGACAGCUGGGCCAGACUGAACAGGGGGUAGACUAUAACAUGAAAACACAGGUAACAGUAUGCUGUCUGCUAAGCUAAUGCUAAAUCCAAAGGCUAAUGAGGCAUGUAAGGGGAGGACAGAGGGUUUAGGUCAGAGGUUUUCCAAACUUUGGAUCAUACCGUGUCUAAAUACCCGAGGGCCAAAAUAUUAUCCACAAAUGAUUCAAAAUAUUAAGUUUUGAAAAUAUCAGCACAUAAAAUCAGAGCUGUCUGCUACUGUCUUUCCUAUCACUGCGUAAAAGAUGCACGAGGCUUCUUUAAUUGUUGGAUUGCUCAGAGCAAUUCAGAUCAGUAAGCACUUAUAACAAAUAAUUCAAUCAGUGACGACAAAACGUCUCUAAUGCAUUUUAUUCCUAUUCAGCUGUUUACUUGUUGAAAAGUAUAAUUUGUGAGACAAACUAAACAAAAUUCUAUAAAUUUUCGGUUUUGUUAGAUUAUGUUCUUUACAUAUCAAAUAAGUGCAGCAGAAGCAUUCAGAAAUCACUUUAUUAAGCGUAAAAAGCAGAUUAAACAGCAUAAAUAGCCGAGUUUUUGUUUAACCUUAAAGGGUUAGUGUUUACUAAACUACUGAAUUGCCCUAAUAAGAAGUUCUUACUGAGAACUGAGUAGUUUGCAAUUGCUUUAGCUCUCCUCCCUGUAUAUUUAUUGCAAUGUCCAUGCUUUGUUUCAUGUCUAUUGAUGUUUAAUUCAUUACUGUCUUUUGACAUAGGAGGCUGAUGGCAUUUGCUGUGGCUCUCAAUGGAAAAAGUAUUCAAGUUCACAUCUCGCCAAAUUCGCCAAUCUGAGUUCGAGCUUUAUGGCUGCAGUCUGGACUAAAUGUGGUUCAGUAAAUGAAGCUGCAGGUCUAGCCAGAGAAGAAAGACUCUUAAACUUUGGCUAACUUUGUUACCAGUGUGGUGCUUUACACUGUAAUAUUAUAUCACUGCUGCCACCACCAGGUGAAAGGUAGAACUGCAGUUUACUGGCGUGCCAGUUAUAACACACUCUAAAACAGAAGCCGAUUAAAAUGUGUCUACAGGCCACGUUCAGCCCUGGGGCCAGACUUUGGACACCCCUGGCAUGGACAGUGGCUAGAGCAGUGAUUAAAGUAAUGCUAAUAACAUAAGCAGAGACGAAGCAAAGACCAUAAACAAAAAGAACAUCCAUGACAAUGAGUAAGGAAAAGAAGUGAGACUAGACUAGCAAGACAAACAGCUAAGACUAGCAAAAACAAGGAACCAAGGCUAGACCGGACAACUGUGACUAUGACAGACCACAAAGAGACAAGAAAAGAAGCUGGACAUUGAGAUACUAGCAAACAGCAAAAAGAAGCAUAAGCAAAAGACAAACAAUUUGAGUACACAAUAUCUGACAGGGGACACUGAAACGAGAAGGCAGUACACACACACACACACACACACACACACACACACACACACACAACCAAGCACAAAUAAGGCAUGGCUGAGUGACACUAAUAGAAAGGCUGGACUAGAGUGGAGACUAGGAGGUAGUGUUUGGGAAAGAAGACAGAAACGAGCCCAGGACACAGACGUGGGUGGAGGCUUCAGAGGGACAUUGUGACAAUUUGAUAACCUUUUUCAAAAUUUUGCUUAAGAGCCUUAAGACUAUUUUAAUAUCAAUUAGCUGUCACAGCUGUCAUCCAACUGUGCAGUAAUGAAUUCAACUAGACAUUUUGUUAUGGAGACUGUACACGGCUAUUGUAUUUGCAGCGGAUACAACCUGUUAGAACCACUGUAACAGGGCAUAACGCCUUUAAUAAAGCUCUCUUGAUUGUUUACUGUGA